AUGAAAUUCAAACAAGUCACACUGAAUGCAUCAUUGCUUCGGGACAUUGCCAAUCGUCUGGAUUCCUCGUUCGGCAAAUAUAUCAAUAUGUUAUCCAAAACCAGGCAAUACAUUCUGGGCAGCUCACAGGUGGACUGGUCCACUUUUCGGGAUUAUCGAUCGAUGAUCGAGUGCUCACGGAUUAUGCCCGGAUAUUUGAGAUAA